UUCAUUACUAUAUAUAUCAUUCAUCAACCACCACAUGAAUGAACCUCUCAACACUCACACUUACACUCUCUUCUCCAUCAUUCACAUGUCACAAAACCACCACCUCCACUAGCUAUGACACCGCCUCUUCCAUUACCCUUUCUCCCUGAAGAAAUCAUUCUUGAAAUCCUCACAAAACUUCCAAUAAAAUCUCUUUUACGUUUCAAGUGUGUAUGCAAAUCAUGGUUACACAUGAUUUCCAACCCUUACUUCAUAAAAAAACAACUUCACUUUUCAACACAAAACACUCACUUCACAACCCAUCAUAGAAUCAUCUUGAGUGCUACAACAGCUGAAUUCCACCUCAAAUCUUGUUCCAUUACCUCUCUUUUCAAUAACCCAUCAACGGUUUCUGAAAUCCUUAACUACCCUGUGAAAAACAAGUUUCGACAUGAUGGUAUUGUUGGUUCUUGUAAUGGCUUCCUGUGUUUUGCUAUAAAAGGUGAUUGUGUUCUUCUUUGGAACCCUUCUAUUAGGGUUUCUAAAAAGUCACCACCUUUAGGGAAUAAUUGGAGACCCGGUUGUUACACUUCUUUUGGUCUUGGUUAUGAUCAUGUCAAUGAAGAUUACAAGGUUGUUGCUGUUUUUUGUGAUCCUAAUGAGUUUUUCAGUGAAUCUAAAGUUAAGAUUUUUAGUAUGAAUACUAAUUCUUGGAGGAAGAUUCAUGAUUUCCCUCAUGGUGUUUCACCUUAUCAAAAUUCAUCUGGGAAAUUUGUGAGUGGUACUCUCAAUUGGGCUUCUAACUACUCGAAUGGUUCGAGUUCUUUGUGGAUUAUUGUUUCUUUGGAUUUGGAGAAGGAAACAUAUAGGGAAGUUCUUCCACCUGAUUAUGAAAAGGAAGAGUGUUCAACUCCGAGUUUGAGUGUUCUAAAGGGUUGUCUUUGCAUGAACUAUGAUUACAAAAAGAGUGAUUUUGUUGUUUGGUUGAUGAAGGACUAUGGUGUGAGAGAGUCUUGGAUUAAAUUGGUGACAAUUCCUUAUUUGCCUAACCCUGAGGACUUUUCAUAUUCAGGGCCUUAUUGUAUUUCAGAGAAUGGUGAAGUGUUGUUGAUGUUUGAGUUUGAUUUGAUUGUGUAUAAUCCAAGAGAUCAUUCGUUUCGGUAUCCUAGGAUUGAAGGUGGGAAGGGUUGGUUUGAUGCAGAGGUUUAUGUUGAAAGUUUGGUUUCACCAAUGAAGGAUUAAGGUUGAUGUGAUUGUGCUUGUGUUAGCUAUGAAACUGAAGUUUGGAGAAUAAAAUGAUGUCAAAGUAUUUGAAAUCUUUCUGGUUUUUUGUUUCUGUUUAUGUAUUAUGCCAUUAUUAGAUGUAUAAUAUGUAUAUAUGAAGAACUUAGAGGCAAAGGAGUGUAUAUAAGUGUUGUUAGUAACUUAGUAUUGAUGAAUCUUAGUUGUGUGUUUGUGUUGAA